UUAGAAGUAAAUGCUCCGCCCCACUGAGCACAAAAAAAGAGAGAAAAAAACCUUAUUUGCAACAUUCCCCAUUUUGCAGAAGGGGCUGCGCAGGCUUUUAAACGAGACAUCAUGAUGGAGGUGUUUGUAAUUUCUGUUAUUUUUGCAAGUGUGCUCAUAGUUCCAUUUCUACUCAAAACUUUCUUCCCUUACGUCUGGAUGGAUGUUGUGUAUUUCGGGGAUUUAAUGAGCAUCGUGGUGAAGUUCGUUGCGAGGCGAAGGAGGAAACCUUUGUUUUCUGUUUUAGAUCGUUUCUUGGAGCAAACAGCUGCGCAUCCGGACAAACACUUCAUUGUGUUUGAGAAUGACAGACACUCGUUCUCUGACGCGGAUAAGAGGAGCAACAAGAUCGCCAACGCGCUCCAGAGUCACCCCGGCUAUGAGGCUGGGGACACCGUGGCUCUCUUCACGGGCAAUGAACCCGCCUUCAUGUUCACCUGGCUGGCCCUGGCUAAACUGGGCUCUCCCGUGGCUCUGCUCAACCACAACAUCCGCACCAAGUCUCUGCUGCACUGCUUCAACUGCUGCAAGGCCAAGGUGCUGGUAGCAGCCGCAGAGCUGAAGGAAGCGGUGGAGGAUGUGCUGCCCUCGCUGAUGGAUCAAGGUGUCACCGUCCUUCUGAUGACCAAACACUGCGACACGCCUGGAAUCGAGGGAUUCUCCGACAAAGUGGACGAGGCGUCUGACGCCCCGCUGCCUCGAUCCCUCAGAUCACACAUGACAUUCAAAAGUCCUGCGGUAUAUAUCUACACUUCUGGAACUACAGGUCUUCCUAAGGCAGCUGUGAUCAACCAGAACCGCCUGCUAGCAGCUCUGGUCGUUCUGUCUUCAAACGGUGUCACUUCCAAUGAUGUCAUCUACGUCAACCUGCCUCUGUACCACACAGCUGGAUUUGUAAUCGGCUUCAUCGGCUCCAUUGAGACAGGAUCAACGAUAAUCCUGAAGAGGAAGUUUUCUGCAUCACAGUUUUGGGAUGACUGCAGGAAAUACAACGUGACUGUAGUCCAGUACAUAGGAGAGGUGAUGCGCUACCUCUGUAGUACACCAAAGAGAGAGAACGACAGGGAUCACAAAGUGCGACUGGCCAUCGGCAACGGCAUCAGAGCAGAGAUAUGGAGAGAGUUCGUCCGUCGCUUUGGGAACAUUCAGAUUCGAGAGUUUUAUGCCUCCACCGAGGGAAAUGUGGGAUUUGUCAACUACACAGGGAAAGUUGGAGCCAUCGGACGAGUCAAUUUUUUGCAUCGGAAGAUCUUUCCCUACACGCUUGUCAAGUACGACACAGAGCGAGAUGAACCGAUUCGAGAUGCUAAUGGCCUCUGUGUAGAGGUACCUAAAGGUGAGACAGGACUGCUGGUGUCCAAGAUCACAGACAUCGCUCCGUUUGUCGGCUACGCCCAAAACGAAGAGCAAACGGAGAGAAAAAGACUUCGCAACGUUCUCAAGAAAGGAGAUCUUUACUUCAAUACAUGGAAAGGUGAGAAUGUGGCCACAACUGAGGUGUCUGACAUUCUGACGAUCAGCGAGUGUCUCAAAGAAGCCAAUGUUUACGGAGUCCAAGUGCCAGGGCAUGAGGGCCGGAUCGGGAUGGCAGCUGUCACUGUGAAGAAAGAUGCUCAGUUUGAUGGAAGCAAAAUAUAUAAUCAUGUUGUCAGCUACCUGCCCUCAUACGCACGGCCUCGCUUUAUAAGGAUACAGAAUGCAGUGGAAGUGACGGGAACGUUCAAGCAGAUGAAAGUGAAACUAGUGGAGGAGAGUUUUGAUCCAGGACGUAUCCAGGACCCUCUUUACAUCCUCGAUGAUACCGUGAAGGGCUACAUACCGCUGACAGCUCAGGUCUACAGCUCCAUCAUGUCAGGAAACAGCAAACUAUGAGCAGACUCCGAGUGUCCGCUGACAUUUCAGUCUGGCUUCUUUUAACCCUCUGAACUUCAAAAGCCUGCCAGCGGGUUUGAAAGGCGUGUUGUCUUUAAAGAAUCACCAAAA